UUCCUUUCACAACAUGGUCGACAUUGAACGCCUACUGGAAAUGACAGCCACCAAUUGAGUAUUUUUUAAAAUUUAUUUUAAAACAUCGCUUAUCUUCGCCGAAAUAAUGCCUCGCUACGAACUGGCCCUAAUCCUUAAGGCGAUGCAGCGACCGGAGACUGCAGCUACUCUCCGGAGGACUGUGGAGACUCUGAUGGAGCGGGGUGCUGUGGUGAGAGACAUGGAGAAUCUUGGAGAGAGACUUCUGCCUUAUGUCAUGACCAAACACAACCAGAGACACCGCAGAGGAUCAUACUUUUUGAUUGACUUCUACGCCGCUCCCAGCAUUCUCACAGGCCUACUCGAUCACUUGCAUCGUGACGUGGACGUGGUGAGGCCCACGGUGCUGAAGAAGGACACGCAGACUUGCAAACAAACGUGCUGUGGACCUCAACAGUAACUGAGCGGCUUUGUGACCCAUCUCCAUAAGCUGUGCCGUGUGCUGUCUCUUUUCCAUGGGCUUUGGACUGCAUUUUGCUGUUAUAUUAUAAUAAACAUUAUUUCAAGUAUGCUUGAA